UUCGUCAGAAAAUUUUUAUAUUAAAUUAGAAUCCUAAUAUUACAAAAAGGCGAAAUUUUCAAGUCUAUAUUCACGAUACAAAGAAAGAAGAACCGUUAUGUUAGAAGAGCACAAAAAUAGUGACCGUAUGACUUACUUAGUAAUCAUGGACGCACGGAAGUUUAAGCAGCUGAUGGAGAAGACCAACGCGAAACAACGCAAGGUACAAGUGAUAGACGGUCGCAAGGAGCACACCCAACGAAGGUUCAAGCUAUGGAGCGAAGGGACACCGGACAGGGCAUGCUGGGUUAAAAUCGGCAGGUCUGGCGACGUACGACUCGGCGUCUGGUUUAAUGUGCCCAGCCUUCAGAACCAAACGGCCACAGUAGCAGCUGAUCGUGACAACGCGCUAGUGCCAAAGAAGGGAGCAAACAGCUGA